GAUUGGCUGGUCUGGCUAUGACGGCACCCACACUUUAGGAGGCCGGUUAAGUCUCUCUGCCUGCUGCAUUGAGUGCGAGUCUCCCGGGAGAACGAUCUGCGAUAGCAACCGAGCCGAAAGGAAACCUCGGACGCCUCGAGAAUUAGAAAAAAAAAAUCCGGCAUGGAGGGACAGGUGGAAAAGAGCUAUACUUAUGAAGAUAGCAAAAAGACGGCAGACUGGCUGCUGGGCAACACCAAACACCGGCCCAAGGUGGCCAUCAUCUGCGGUUCGGGCCUCGGAGGGCUGGCGGACCUCCUGAAGGACCAAGUGGCAUUUGACUAUGUCAAGAUUCCUAACUUCCCUCAGAGCACAGUUGUUGGCCAUGCUGGGAAGCUGGUGUUCGGGAACCUCAGCGGGACGCCGAGUGUCGUGAUGCAAGGCCGCUUCCACAUGUACGAGGGUUAUCCACUCUGGAAGGUGACCUUCCCUGUCCGGGUCUUCAGUCUUCUUGGUGUGGAGACCCUCAUUGUCACCAACGCGGCUGGGGGGCUUAACCCCGAUUACAAAGUGGGGGACAUCAUGUUGAUCCGCGACCACAUCAACAUGCCAGGUUUUGCUGGAGUGAACCCUCUGGUGGGGCCUAACGAUGAAAGAUUUGGGGCUCGUUUCCCACCCAUGUCGGAUGCCUACGACCGGGACCUGCGGAAACUGGCGCAUACAGUGGCCAGUGAGAUGGGCUGUUCAGGCUGCUUGCGCGAGGGGGUCUAUUGCACCUUAGGAGGCCCCAAUUACGAGACCAUUGCCGAAUGCCGCUUCCUGCAGCGGUUGGGCGCCGAUGCUGUGGGCAUGAGCACGGUGCCCGAGGUUAUAGUGGCUCGUCACUGUGGGCUGCGCGUCUUCGGCUUCUCCCUCAUCACCAACAAAGCCAUCCUAGACUACGAAAGCAAGGAGAAGGCCAACCACGCUGAGGUGCUGGAGACCAGCCGUCAGAGCGCCCGCACCCUCGAGAAGCUGGUCUCCUUGCUGGUGCAGCGCAUCGAACGCAAUAACAAUCUGGCCUAGCGACGGGCUGUGCCGGCUCACCAGCCCAUCUCUCAACAGCGGGCAAUCUGUCCCCAUGCAGCUAGGACUGUGUUGUGUGCACAUGCCUGAGUGUGAAGACGCAGUUGACACAACCUCCCUCGCCUUUCCCCCUCCAAGUCCUGUAUUUCCAAAUUAAGUCUGGCUACUGAGCUUUCUGCCAUAUCAAUUUCCCCAGACUUCGGUUCGGCUCUGCUGCUCAUCGUCGACUGCCGAAGGAUUAUCCCCUCGCCUCUGUGUUCGAUCUCCAGCUUCCAAUACAAUGUCCGUCCGUCUGUCUGUUUGGCACUCUCUCUGUUUCACGAUCUUGUUUCUGGCUGGAGCUGCUAUUUCUGCAUUCCCUUUGGGAUCGCCAGUAUCCUAUUCCAGGGCAGCAGAGGGUUUGCUCAAAAUCACAGGGGUCUAGCACAGCUCAGGCUGCCCAAAUAGCAGAAUUAGGCCUGAAAUUGUCAGGGCUUGGGAGCUAAGUGGAUGUGUUGAAAAUGGCCUCCCAAAAUGCUGAUGGUGAGCACUUCACAAUUCAAAAUGGCCACUGCUGAGUCGGGCAAAUAAUUUCUGCUGUUUAUUUGUUCUUGCAGACCAGAACUUUGCCUUCUAGGUGCUCUAAUAUCCACUUAGCUUUCAAGUAUCCUUUGUGUGACCUCUGCUUGCUGCACCCUGGCUUCUUUGUCCCCCAGAUUUUUGCUUCUGGUCUUUAAAGUCGUAUCUGUUUUCCCUUCACUGAGUUCUCCAUGUCCUGCUCUCUUUUCAGCUGUCUCCCUCUGUCGAUAACAGCUCUUGUGUUUGGUCCCUCACAGGAUUCACAAGGGUUUGAGAGAUCACCCACUUCUAUUCGAAGUCUUAGAACUUGAGUAGCGGAUGAGCUCUGUCCCACACACACCAUUUUGCUGAGGGAGUCAACUGCCGUUUCCAUUGGGCAGGAACAGAUGUUCAUAGUCUGAGUUCAGCCUCUGUGUGGAGCUGCAGUUGUGUGUUGUAGUAGCUUUGGGAUGUUUGUGUAGGGGUGGCUAUCUGUCAUUUUUUCUCUUCCCCCAUUCUGGUUUCUAACAGAGCCAGAAUGCCAAAACUGCUGCUAUUCCUGUAGAUUCCAUAACUGCUGUUACUAUUAUUUCCAGGGAUAUUGUGGUUAUUAGCCAAGGAACUCACCUGGGGCCUUUCCACCAGACCUUGGUCUCCCUACACCUGGCCGUUUUGUAAAGGAGACUAGGAAGGCCUUGGGGCUGCUAUGUCCUGCUCACAGCACCCCCAAAUGCUUCCUGUUCUAGGAAGACACCAGAGAUGCUGAGGUGGCUGUUGUGGGGCGGAGUAGGAAGGCCGGAGGGACGCCCAGUAAGGAAAGCACCUUUGGGUUAGGCAAACUUCACAGAUAAACUCUGGGGGUUUCUGGGGGCAACACGAGAGUUGCCAACUGACCAGGAAAUAAAGCAGUCUGCCUUGAUCUUAGCCGUUGCUUGAUGUGCAGGAACCUGUUGGGGAAACUUUUCACUGUUUGGGAAUUUUACCCAUCGAGGUGCUGUAAGAAGCACAGGCACAAGAACCAGAUGAAAAGUUGGCAGCCCUAGACAGGCCAGAACUUAAGUGUGCAUGGAGAAGUUUGCCAACUGAACAGAGGCCAGAAAAUCAAACUUUCUGCAGCUUCUGUUGCUAUUAUGAGUUUGAAACCAGACCAGAUAUUUAUUUGGAAGCUUCUGGAAGCAUCUGAUCCCACUCGGAAAUGCUUUGCCCGCUUGAGCUUCUCUUUCCAACUCUUUCUUGACUUGAACCAGAGGAAAGUCCCCCAACCUUACCAGGGUGGGUUGUCGACUCCAAAGCAUCAGCGAGGGAUGCGGGCAUGAAGACCACCAACUCAUGAAUCCAGGUGCUCUGAAGGUCUUGGCAGGUUUAAACUAUAUAUAGAGAGAAGUGUAUAUUUUUUUAGAGGAGCCUUAGCAUUCUGCACUUUUUAUUUUAUUUAAGUGAAUGGAGCCCCGGUUUUAAAAUUAUAAUAUGAAUGAAUAAUAAAGAAAA